GCCAGAUUUCGUUGCAAGUACCAGUAAAAUUGUGGAAGGAUGUUUAAGCGACUGUCGAAGUCGAGGCGCCACAGCGCCGACGAUGUGGCCCUUUCGUUGUCGAGCCCGACGACCCUGGACGAGCCGCCGGGGACGUCGACGCCGCGGGACAACUGUCAGAGCAUCAGCCCAGCCGCCCUGCUGAGGGUUUCGAGGACGAAGUACACCAGGAGAAGCUGCGGGGACGCGAGCGCUAUGCAGGCGUUGCUCGCCACCAAGCAGGAGCAGGAACAGGACCACGCCGAAGCCGAUUAUCAAAUGGUCACGGCCGUGCCCGCGUUCAUCGUCGAACAUGAGCCCGAGAAACAGCGAGGCUCGAGCCUAGGAGUCUGGGGACGCAGAAUGAGCAAGAAGAUAGACUCGUUCCGGCGGGCUGGUUCCCGCGAAACGAUCUGCUCUAUAUCCGAGAGAUCCGACACCUCGAACAACAACAAUUGCACCGCCACGAGUAACAACAACAUCUCCACCAAAAUGGAGAAAUCACUGCCAGACUUGAAGCUAGACUCCAAGCUAGAGAAGAGAAUAUCAGGAACGUUUCACAGAUCACCCUCGCCCUUCAAAUCCUUCUUCAUCCGCAUGGGUUCCACAGGGAUGCUGAAUUCAGCAAGAAACAACAGGCGUUCCCAGAACGUCGAAGACAGGUUGAAAACAACAGAAAAGGAGAACCUAUUCCGUAGUUGUAGCACCAGUCAGUUGAACACCAGUCCAACGUACGUCAAAGGAGACGAUCCUUCGGAAGGGAUCGAUCUUCAAAUCUCGAGUCGCAAGGACAAGACCGUAUCCUGCGACAAUCUCGCCGGUCGUCAAAACGACGACGCGUUUGGCGAGAGUAUCAACGACGCUACAACAUCCUUGUACCCUUUAGGAAGCCCAUCGAUGACGAGCUUCAGCCCGUGCGACUUCGGACAGUCGCGAAACGAAUCACCGAUGAGAAAGAGCAGCAGCUGCGACUUCAAGGAGGCAAAGAAGUCCAGCUUCCCCUACGCUUUCCUCCGAUCGAAACUCUCCGUCCUGCCUGAAGAACGUCACAGCACGUUCGCCUCGAAAGACGAACGACUCUUCAAAACCGCCUCCGAGGAGCAUUUCCCCGCGUUGAAGAUCGAAGACACCUACACCGGAACCACUACGCUAGGUCGACGGCGCACCAGGAACGGGAAUCUCGUCAGAGGUAGCGGGAACAAGUCUCAGGAACCGUCCACCUUGAAGUCCGGGCGAAACUCGUACGCGGAGUUCCGCAAGAACGCGAGCAGGUGCGAGGACAGGUACAGCCUGAACCCUGGUCACCUGGAGAGGAUCGACGACAACUUCCAGCAGGAGGACACCGGUUGCUACAGCUCGUACGACAGCAGCCCGAUGUCUCUGAGGGGAAACAGCAACACUCAGCAUCCCGAAGCUGGUCAGGAUAGAGUAGACUUCUCCGGUAGGAUCAACGAGUCCAGGUUCUCCGAAACUUCCUCGUUGAACGUGGACCUGGACAUGGUGGCGACGUUGAGGAAUCACAGGCGGAAUUCCGCGCCCAGCGGCGAGCAGAGGCUCUCUUCUCAUUACGUGAGCUCGAACGAGUCUGGUUACGACAGCGACGGACCUAGGGGAGAGUCUGCCGCUGCAUCGGAGAACGAGGGUUUGAGUUUGAAGUGCACGGACAGCUCGGAUACCAGCAGUGUCGUUGACUCGGAACUGGAAAAACCUAUAAGAAGUUCUACCCCGAGCGAAUGUCAGGAACAGGAGAAUAGCAAUGAUUCUGGUAGAACGAGGAAGAACUCGGAGAUCGAGGCUGUUGUCAGAGGUGGAAAUUCAGAGUUGAACGAUGGAAUAGACGGACUUAGAUGGCACCAGAGUAAUUCUGGCCGACUGCUGCCGAGCAUUCAUCAAACGUACGACGAUACCGCGAUGAAUUCUCAAUUUCCAGUGUGCGGGAACGGGUUGAACGCGUUGCAGAGCUCGCCGAAGUCGCUCGACAUCUCGCCCCAUCGGAUUAGAUUGCAGCAGGAUAAGAGUAGGUUUCUCAGCGACAUCAUUCAGCCGCCGAAGAGAGUGAGGAGGUGUCGACUGGUGCAGCUGCAUAAGAGGGAUCCUAAGGAAAGUUUGGGGAUUCGGUUGGCGCAGCAACGAUUAGGCGAGCUGCGGUACAUCGUCGUUCAGCUGGAAAGUGAUGGAAUAGCGCAUAGAGACGGAAGACUAAGGCUCGGCGACGAGAUCGUCGAGGUCGAGGGCAAGGAGCUGAGGACGUUGGAGAGCCUGGAGGAGGUCCAAGAGUUUCUCAGAUCUUUCACCGGCAACAAGAUACGUCUGAUGACUGCGUACGAGGAAACGGUGCCGCAGGUGUACGUCAGCCCGCCUGCCCUGCCUGGGGAGUACGAGUACCUGGAGAACGCGAAGAAUCUUUCGAAUCUGUCGUUGAUCGACAGCGAAACGAAGCAAAACACGCAACUGGAACAAUCGAGCAACAAACCCACCGCGGACGACAACGUGCAGUCCACGAAGAGGCCGGACUUUCUGCCGCUCUCCUGCCUGCCCAAGGAGCGCAAAAGCGCGGAGAACAGUCUGGAGUCGAGCACGGAACCGCAGCACUACUUGACGAGGCACAUUGCCAAAUUCGAGAAAGGCUACGGCAAGCCUAGCCUUGGUUUCAGCGUCGUGGGCGGCAGAGACAGUCCUCGAGGUGAAAUGGGCAUCUUCGUGAGGCGAGUUUUCCCCGGUGGCCAAGCUGACGUCUCCAAGUCGCUGUUUCAAGUUGGAGGAUAUUGGCACGUGGAAACCGCGAAUGGAGAGUUUGGAGUUGGUCAAAUUGCAGGAAUCGUGGAAUGGAGUAUAGUAGGUUCUGUUCCGUUCUUGCUGGAGCUCAAAGCUGAGGAAACCUCAAUGGAGGUUUAUAUAUACAUGUGUAAAUAUAUAAGUAUACAGUUACAUUAUGGUCUUAACGAAGUAGUUCUUAGAUUUACUAUAACACGUAUUUCUAGAUCUGCAGGUUGCAUUCCUUUAGAAAAGACGAAAGAUGCAGACAUGCUGCAAUAUUCGAGUUAG